AUGUCUUUUGUGGCCAUUGCCGGUACUUCAGGCUACGUGGGUCAAGCCACGGUGCAGGCCUUUGCCAAGGCUUUCCCCAAGGUCACGGUCAAGGCCGGCGUCCGCGAUCCCUCGGCCGAGAAGGCCCAGUCCCUGAAGGCCGGUGACAACAUUCAGCUCACCAAGAUUGACAUGAACGAUGCCGAGAACAUGAAGGCCGAGUUCAAGAACGCCGAUGCCGUCUAUAUCAUUACCCCCGGCCACAUUGACCGCACCAAGAUUACGAUUGGUGCCAUUGAUGCUGCCAAGGCGGCCGGUGCCAAGUACAUUGUCGUCGUCUCCUUCCCCACCGCGCACUCGGACUCUUGCUUUGGCAAGCAGAUUGGCCCCGUUGAGGACCACCUCAAGGCCAGCGGUGUGGCGUACGCCAUCCUGCGCCUGCCCAUGUUCAUUGACAACUUCUGGGGUCUGGCCGCCGGCAUCAAGGGCGACAACAAGAUUUACGCCCCCGUCAAGCCCGAGGCGGCCUACUGCCCCAUCGCCGUGGAGGACAUUGGCCUGGCCAGCGCCACCAUUCUCGCCAACCCGGAGAAGCACCAGAACAAGAUCUACACCCUGACCUCGGCCAAGAACAUUAGCCACGCCGAGAUUGCCAAGGUCUUUUCAGACGCCCUCGGCCGCCAGAUUGACUACGUCCAGGUUCCCUACGAGGCUGCCCAAAAGGCCUUUAUGGACAUUGGCCUGCCCGAGUGGCAAGCCGCCGGUGUCAUGGAGCUCUACAAGUACGUCGAUGCCGGAGACAAGAUGGUGACCACCCCCACCUCGGACUUUAAGGACAUUACCGGCAACGACCCCAAGGGCUUCAAGGAGUGGCUCGAGCCCGUCAAGGGCGCCUUCUAA